GACAAACAGCGUUUGUAGGGGAGAAUUCCACUACAGCACCUUCAAUUGCCUAACUUUUACUACAUACGGGCAAAGGGUAACCUAAUUGAGGUAUUUAAACACCUCAAAGGGCACUACUCAGUCGAGUGUCCGUACCUGGAACUGGUGGAUGCCCGUCGCCCGUCUCACAAUGGGUCACAGUUCAAGGUUGAAGAAGUCCCAAGUCCAGAAAGCUGUGAGGCAAACUUUUUCGGUGUGAGAAUUGUGAACUCUUGGAACAACCUGCCAGAGAGUGUUGUGACGGCACCGAGUGUGAGCUAUUUCAAGACAAGACUUGACCAACACUGGAGCGGGUUCAGGUACAUUCAGGAGCCGGUGCAUGCCCAGUACUUACCAACAGUGAGUGACAGAGACGUCACCGAUCAGUGGCCAAGAGGAUAAAAACGAAACCAAAGACCAACUGGAAGAAAACGUUUGUGUUGACACCCUGGCCCGGGGAACAACCGACUUACAGCUGCUGGUACCAAUAAUACUACGUGUUGUAUAUGGUGGUGCUACAAACUUCAUGCUCCCUGCCCAGACAUUACUAGAAAUACGGGAAAAACUUGUGUAGUAAUCAAAAUAAAGAAGCCUUGAUGGAAACUACACAUAUACAGUAACUCAACUUUACAUUGAAGUGUAACGAUGCCUGUUGGAGCUGGAGGAUUGUUAAGCUCCAAACCAAAGCCAUCAGCUGAAGGAGUACGAUGCCAAAAGUGCUUGGAAAUUGGUCAUUGGAUGUAUCAGUGUAAGGGCAAGAGGAAAUAUGUUCACCGAGAGUCUCGCACAUCCAUGCUCAACAAGAGAGUUAAGCAGGAACAGCAAGAACAACAGAUAGACCAAAUGAGGAAGAUGGCAUCACACAAAGAGAAAUCACAAAAACGAGAGAAGAAGAAGAAAUACGACUCAAGUGAUUCAGAUUCAUCAUCAUCAUCUUCUUCCUCUUCUUCCUCAUCAUCAUCAUCCUCAUCCUCAUCAUCAUCAUCAUCAUCAUCAUCAUCAUCUGAUUCAUCUGACUCAGAUUCCUCAACAGACUCUUCUUCCAGUUCCUCCAAGUCAUCAUCCUCAGAGUCAUCAUUGUCAUCAAAAGUUUCCGGUUCAGAUGACCAAAAAAAGAAGAAGAAAAGGAAAAAAAGUUCCAAGAAAUGAUACCAGGUAUUCAAUUGUUAUUUUGGGGUUAUGAGCUACCAUUGCCAACAUAAUAUUAAAGAAUAUGUUUAAUAAUUGAGUUCCACAAAGUUAUUCAGAUUUUCUGUGAGUCUCGGUGACCGUAUGAUAGAUGUGGAUGUUGUACCUGCCAAAGUUUCUUUUCUCUCACUAAAUUUUAUCCAAAAUUUUAUGAUUUAUACUCUUUCAGGCUGAGGUUCUUUUCUAGAACUAGUUUAUUGGGUGUUUAUGUUAUAUAAUAAACAAAUACUGUACUGGUAUCUUUUUACAUAUUUUGCAGAAUUUUUUAAACUAAACAUUUUGUGUGAUUAUAUUUUAUUAAUGAUUUUUUUGUAUUCAUAGUUACAACGUAAAUUACAAAAUAUGUAAUUUUAUUUAUUUUUCUAAUUAAUAUUAGUGAUGUUGAAUGUUGUGUAAUUAAGUGAGGUAGGUCUUAACCCUUUCAUGAGUGAGUGCUCUACUGUUCUGUGAAUAUUGGCUGACCUCACCAGUGGCAUUUUUUUUAUGUCAGUAAGAUAAAUUAAUUCAACCAUAUGAAGCUAGUAAUAUAUAUAUAUAUAUAUAUAUAUAUAUAUAUAUAUAUAUAUAUAUAUAUAUAUAUAUAUAUAUAUAUAUAUAUAUAUAUAUAUAUAUAUAUAUAUAUAUAUAUAUAUAUAUAUAUAUAACAGAUCCAUUAUGGUUUGUUAUCAAUUUUGACAACUCAAAAAUAAAUAGUGAAAAUGCACUGAAUUACCAAAGUGCAAAAACUAACACAAUUGACAACUAAAUAAUACAUUGUAAAAUUUCAGAUAACAACAAAUGUGCAAAAUUACUUUACAAUUGCUAGUACGUACUUUGCAUGGUAUGUUGCGGACGAAACUGAUUGAUUAUGCUUGCGCAUGAAAAUCAGUAACUUUUUUGCUGGUGUUUGUCCUCCAUGAUGGUAUCGAACCUUGGCGUCCUGGUGCUGAGCGCUACUCGCAUGUCGUGUUGAGGAUCCAACCGAUUCCUGCACUUGGUUUUGAUGUGAAGCAGACACUAAAAUCCAGUUUCACACAGAUAUGUGGUUGCGAACGGCACCAGCACAGCAAGGGUCUUCCUUGCUAGUACAGGAAAUGUUUCAAGCUGAGAAGCCCAGAAGUGUUCCAAAUGACCCUCAGCGAACUCCAUUUGGAUUCCAUGAUUGUUCCUCAAAUCAAUGAGAUCAUCUUUGAUGUCGCUGUCAUUAUCAAUGUCUUCCAAAUUCAACUGGAAAGGGUGCCGGAUCCAAUUAUCACAGAUUUGCAGCUCUCCACACGAGAAGUAGCCAGUGAAUGAAGUACGCAGCAUCUGCAAAUGUUCGACAAUGUCAGAAACAAAGUCUGGAUGCAAGGAAGCAUCCUCAUUAACAGUUCCUUCAAAAGAGGGGAAAUUUGCCAAAUUCCCCUUCUCUACACACCUAAUCCACAAAGGAAAUUUUAUGCUCAGUUUUUUACGCCACUCCCCUAAUAUGAGCCACGUUUGAUCACAGCAUCCUCGCACCCCUAAGAAACCGGUCUCACACCCCAGCACCCUCGGUUAAGAACCCCUGUCUUAGUUGCUUAGCUAUUCUGUUUUGUGCCCCAUACGUAGUGAAAAUUCUCAGAGGGCUACCCAAUAUUUUUUCUUUUCUUUUAUUUAUUAUUAAUAUUUUUUUAUGAAGCGAGUAGAAUACUGUAUUUGUACACUAGUGAAAAUAAUGUACACAGUACAGGUAAACUGUUUACAAUAUUCCAAUCUAUGAUAAUUCAUGUGAACAAUGCUGAUAUAUUAAGACCACUCCCCUAAUGUGAUGUAAACAAACUUGCAUUGACGAUAUUCGUCAUUCUGCCAAGUCGGCAUAUAGAACACAUCACUCACCUCAUUUGUCAGUUGAGGCAUCAUCUACCCAAACUCUGCCUCAUGGCCAUCUUUCUGGUGAACUACAGUUUAGAUAUUGUUUCUUCUUGAUUAUAUGUGUAUAAGAAAUGGAACUCAAUGUUCAUUGAUCAUCAUUGGUGUUGUUGUUUUUACCUUACAGUGAGAGGGCAUCACUAAAGUUCACAUUGUACUGUAUACAUACUCUGUUUUAGUGAUUGAAGUUUUUUCACUCUCACUAUGUAAGUACUGGAGGAAACCUGGUAGGAUUGUGAGGUCAUGAUUUGUGGUGGCAGAAAGUAGUGUAAGUACAUUAAUUGUUCUGUACUUACUCUAUUGUUAUACACUUUCUCUACAUAUAAGAUAACUUUAAAUUUAAGCAUUUACUCCUGAAAGGGUUAUCAUAUACAAAUUCAUAUACCUGUACUGUACUAAUUUUUUUUUUUUCGUACUGUAAGCUGAAGGUAGUUUCACUUUUAUGAGAUAAACCAACUUGCAUAAUUUACCAUUAAGUGUUUAAAGUAUUAAGGUUCAUAAAUCCAUCUUUAAGAGAUGAUUAUAUUAACCUUCCUCCAUAUCUCUGUAUGUCAGAUGGAACUUAUUUGCUCAGCCUCAUGAAAUAUGUUUCAAAAUACAGUGUAUAGAAUUUUUUAUAAGAAUGGCUCAAUUGUUUGAUUGCUUGUUGUAAAAAAUAAGUAAAAACUUAGGUUUCAGAUAGGGAUACCAUUAUUGGUAAAGUGUAAUCCACAAUUGGGUCAUGAAGAUUUAGUUCUCAUCAGAUCAUCUAGAUAAAAUUCUAUAUUUUACAAUAAUCAAAUUAUUUUGAUGCAGAUAGUGUGUUAAAUGUUGGCUGUGGUUUAAUUAGAUAUUUUCAUAGAUAGCUAGCAGAAUUGAAAAAAAAAUUUCCUUGGCAGAAUGAAAUUAUAUGUAUUUUGCAUUAUAUACAGUAUUGCAAGAGCAGGUUUUGCAAUGUUUCAGUUCCAUAAAUAUAUUUGGAAUGGAGUGGGGUAGGUAGAUAGGUUUUAUAAAUAUCUUUAGAAAUGAAGAAGAAUUUUUGUAAUAUCUAUUUGUACUGUACUGGGUAAUAAGGCUCUCUUAAGUCUGAAAUAGCUUUAUUUUCUUCCAUAAUUUACCAUUAAGUUGCUUUCAGUUUGCUUAUUUGUCUACAAUUACUCAGAAGGCAUUUUUUACAGGUUAACCAUUUGUGUUUAAAAUUCCAUUGUCCCAGACACUGGAUAGAUGUGUGAUUCCUCCCCAGAAGAUAAUAAUCUCCUUUUCCCUCACUCUUGCUGGCAAAUUUAAUGUUGAUCAGUUUUGUACAAACUAAGACUGGAUACAAAUCCACCACUGCCCUUUAACAUGUUACCCUCGUGUUGGUUCACUGGUGUACCAAAUAUGGUACUUCAAUUAUUGUUUGUUGUUACAUCCAGGACCAAAGAGUGAAAUAAAACUACCCUGGAAAAUAACAUAAUUUCAAUAAUUUAGUGUCUAAUUAAUAAAUAGGGAUAUAUUUUUCAAAUCAUAAAGGUUUAAAGAAAACAAUUAUGGAUUGCUAUCACUCAAAACUUGUUUACCAAAAAACAUAAAAUUUUCCUUACAAAUUUCUCAUGCCUGUAAUUGUUAUUUUUCAACAAAAUAUGCCUUUUACUGUAAUAUACUGUACAAGGGUUAUUUUACACAUAUACAUUAUGAAUUAUUAAAGGUCUUUCAAACCUGUAAGAAAAAUUAUUAUAAUUGAUCAAAACAUUAAACAAAAUGGUCCCUGGUUCUGUAGGGCAACUAAAUACUUGUAUGACAUCCCUUAAUUUGGGUUUUUAUUUUUAAGUCAAGGUAAGGAUUGCAGAUUUGUAAAAAAAAAUGUGUACAGUAGAACCUCGAUAAAUCGGACUAAUUGGUGCAAACCCCAGUCCGAAAAAACGAAUGUAUGGGGGGGGGGUUGAUAACACUGCUCAUCUGAACUAUUUAAAGAAAAUUGGUUAUGUUAUUACAGGUACUGCACUUCAACAACUAAGGUCUUUAAGUGUAUACCAAGGUUAUUAAAAGAAUAUUACAUCAACAAUAAAAAACUAUGAAACAGAACUCUCUGGGUUGAAAGUCAGACAUGUAAGUCUGGUUGUCAACGAAUCUGUUGUCACUGAGACGAUUGUUAUUUACUGUAACGUGUUACAAGAAAGCAACCACAGAAUUUGUCUUAGGAAUAAAGAGAAAACUGUACAGUAAUAUAAAGAUAAAAAUAAGAACAAAUAAGUGUAGGAGUAUAUCGUAUGUGGAAGAGGAUUGGAAUGGAGAGUAGAUUAGGGUCUAAUGAAUUUAUAUGGACAUAUUAUUGAAAGAAUGAAAAGUAUAAGAUUGCUAAAACGAGUGCAUGUACCUGUACUGUAUAAGGGUAAAGCUAAAGGAAACAGCAGUGCACAUAAAUGAACAGAGAUUAUGGAUCUACCGGUAAGUAAUUUUUACGGAAAGGUGUUUUGCUGCUGUAUGUGUGAAGUGAUGUGUAAACCAGAUACAGUGGUCCCUCGGUUAACGAACACAAUUCGUGUUUGUCGUAAGGAUUUUGUUAAUCGAAGUUUUGUUCGUUAAUCGAACUGAAAAUCCUUAUGGGAGCUAAUUUGUUAACCAAAAUUUCGUUAAUUGAACCGUUCGUUAACCGAAGGACCAUUAUAAAAGGAUUGUGAUAUAUUAUAGGGUGGCACUCAAUAAAAAUAAUUCCACUAUUUACUUCCUAUACGGGUGUUGACCAUUCCUGUAUAUGUAUGGGAUUAGGGACAUCGAAAAGCCACUGUAAGGUGACUGAUUGUAUACUUAUACUGUAUUCAUAACUUAUGGGGAAUUUGGUGUUAAUUUCUUAACAUCGUAAAACUGAUCAAUCAUAUACUGUAUCAAUCAAUUGUAUAAUGGUCAGCACCUAUAUAAUACUGUAUACUCACAAUGAAAGUAGAGCUUUAUAUCAAUACACUGCACUAAAGUAACCACAAACAAGAAAAAAAUAUCUUGAUAAAUACACACCUGAACUGAUGCCAUGGCAAUUAAUAUUUUUAUGUGGCAGCUUUGAACUCUGCAUAUCUGUAGAUUUCACUUUUUGUGUGUGUGUGUGAUAUAAAGUUGCUGUAUUUUAGUACAAUACCUGUACUGUGACUUGGCUGGUACAGGCUGACAAAAGUAUUAUAAUGUUAAAUACUUAAUGAAACAGUUGUUAUAAAUUAUGUUGAUUGCUUUUACAAUUUUACUCUUUAAUUUGAAAAUGAGGCACACAUCAAAUUCAUAAAUCUGUACUAGACCUUGUCUAGCACCUUCAACAUAUGCUGAGUAAUAAGCAAAGUAGGUGUUACACAUUCAUAGAAUGACUUGCACCCACCCCAUUUUUCACUGUACAGUGCAGCUGUACAGGUGAUUUUUUUUUUUGUUAAAUGAUGUCUUAAGUAAUCUCUUGUUGUCCAAAAAUGAGGCUGGAGUUAUGUAAAGUUGGUGAGAAGUUGGCUACAAAGUUACAAAAUGAUAAAUUAAAAACUUAAACAAG